AUGGCGCUAUGUGUGCCUCCACUCAUGCGAGGAAAUAUGACGAUGACCGCUAAAAACAUCGCCCGCAUCACCAGGCUGAACUGGAAAGGUCUUCGGAACUACGGGAAGAGGUGCGGCGUCACAACGUGCAAACUCUCGCGGAUUGAAGCAGCAAAAGUGAAAACCUUCAUGCUGCGCGCCUCCCAAAGCGUUGAGAGUUUGGAGCUCCGCGUGGACGAAGUGGGUUCCAAGGCCAAUGCACUGGCAGCAGAAGCGCGGGAAGAAUUGGAGGAGCUGAACCGUCGUAGGAAGCGAGACAAGACCUCAGCAGAGAACGAGUCAGGGCAAUUCUUCGGGAUGCACCUCCCAGAGGGCACUUUGACAGUGCACUUUCAUGUCUCAGUGCGCGUGCGAUGCUUGCAUCCUGACCUGGGACUGCACGUAUGGGGACCUGCAGUGCCACAGAGCAGCCGAAUCCCAAAGACCAGGAGCAAGGCUGGACUUCAUGGGUUUGGCGAAAGCUUUCACCUGAAGCUGGCGAAACCGUCGACGGAGGGCACGAUGCCUUCGGACUUCGCUUUGGGGCUCAGUCUCAAGGAGGGUGAUCAAGCCUUUGGCCAAGCUGAGCUCAACUUCUCCCAACUCGCCGAGAGCAAAGAAAUCUGGAUCGUCAACGACCGUGUGUUGCUGAAGGAGCCGGAUCCGACAAUGGUACCUGUAGGCGACUUCCACCAACAGAAAGCACGAGCGCAUUGGUUGUCCAGCGGCUGCAUCGCGCUGCGCUUUGACUGGUACAUGCACUGGCACCCAAAGCAAAAGCCAAUGCAUUUCUGGACGCGCUCUGAGGACACGCAGUUCCAGUUCUUUCUCCAUGCCAGCGGGGCUGAGCUUCAAGAUUGCGGUUCUGAUGGUGUCCAGGGCGGGCAGUGCUGGAAAUUGACGCCGCAGCAAAGACUGGCAGCGGAGGACUUGACAAACACCAAUGUUCCCUUCCUUGCUGGAUGCUUGCGCUUGACAGUGCCCAAGGAGGUGGACCCACGGGAAGCCUGCAAGCAGAAGCUGGCCGUAUCCAUCAGAGAUACGAAUGGCAAGCCGGUGGAUUGCACUGGAGUACAGAUCGGCCCUUUGAUUGAUGAGCUCUUCGCUUAUGAUGGGCCCUUGGGUUGCUCUUCGGUCUCAGGCGUUGAUGCAAAGGAGGACUCCGCCUCGAUGGAGUUUGCCCUUUGGGCACCCAGCGCGGUGAAGGUGGACCUCAUCUUAACAGAGGACCCGUUUCUGAACGCAGGCAACUUCCUGGAGGAGGGGUUCUCAGAAUCCACCUCCAAGGUGUCCCUACAGCCCAUGCACCGGCGCCUUCGCUCCGCAGAUGAUGGGGUGUGGCGCUGCCGUGGCACCCCGGAUUGCUGGGGGAAGUUCUACGUAUACCGGAUUUAUGCCUAUCAUCCUUCAACUGGAAAGUUUCAGACGACCGUGACACCAGAUCCAUAUUCCAACGCAUGUGCAGCAGAUGCUUCGUGGUCCAUGGUCUGUCAUUUGCCCACUUGGAAGGAGGUCCUACCGGAUGAUGUGAAGUCCUGGUGCGAUCACUCCUUUCUGCCGCUUCAGGAGGAUGCGGCGAUCUACGAGCUCCAUGUCCGAGACUUCAGCAUGUCAGAUCCCAAGGUAUCACAGCCUUUCCGAGGCAAGUACCUUGCCUUUGCAGAAGAAAACUCCCUGGGAAAUCAACACUUGCGUCGACUGGCAGAGUCUGGAAUCAGCCAUGUCCAGUUAUUGCCCACCUACGACUUCGGCUCUGUUCCAGAGAACCUGGCGGAUCGCGUGGAUCCGCCCGCAAUGGAUCCGCAGGCUGCGGAUGCGGAGGAACCACAGGAGGCGAUUGCAGAAGUGGCCGAUCGGGACUCCUUCAAUUGGGGCUAUGAUCCAGUUCUGUACAAUGUACCUGAAGGAUCAUAUGCCAGCAAUCCCAACAACGGCUCCAGAAUCAAGGAGUUUCGGGAGAUGAUUUCCGCGUUGCAUAAGAAAAAACUGGGAGUGGUGAUGGAUGUGGUGUUCAACCACACUCUGGGAAGCGGCCCUGAGAACCCCAAGAGCGUGUUGGACAAAUGCGUUCCAGGGUAUUAUCAUCGUCGUGCAGAGGAUGGCAGCUACGAGCACUCCACCUGUGCGAACAAUACCGCCACGGAGCGCUACAUGAUGGGCAGAUUAGUCUGUGAUAGUGUGCUCCAUUGGGUGACCCAGUACCAGGUGGAUGGUUUUCGCUUCGACUUGAUGGGCCACAUCCCUCUGAAAGUGAUGCGCAAGGUUCGAGAUCUCUUGGAUUCACUCAGAUUGGACAUGCAUGGCAUCGAUGGUCGCAAGAUCAUGCUCUAUGGUGAAGGCUGGGAGUUCGGCGAAGUGGCGAACGGCCAGCGCGGCCAGGUGGCCGUGCAACAGCAGCUGGCGGGAAGCAAAAUCGGUGCCUUCAACGAUCGAAUUCGCGAUUCUACCCUCGGUGGUUCACCCUUCACUGACCCACGACUUCAGAGCUUCGCCACGGGACUUCUGAAGCCCAUCACGGGAGGGCCAGAUCAGGGCUCAGUGCGUGAUCAAGAAACGAGACUUCGUAAGGCCCAAGAUACCAUCCGAAUCUCCUUGGCCGGAAGUCUCAAGGAGUUCAGUUUUCAGAACUUCCACGGAGAAACUCGACAAGGGGAUCAACACUUCAACGAAGCCUUGGCCUACACGGAUCAACCAGUUGAAGCCAUCAAUUACGUUUCGGCGCACGACAACGAAACGCUCUUCGACAACAGCGUCUGGAAAAUGCCUCCAGGAUGCUUUUCGCCUACUGAACGGAUGAGAGGAAACUGGCUGGCCACAUCGUUGGUGGCUUUGGCCCACGGUGUGCCCUUUUUCCAUGCAGGCGACGAGCUGCUUCGGUCAAAGUCUCUGGAUCGCGACAGCUACAACAGCGGCGAUUGGUUCAAUGUACUGGACUUUUCGGGCGAAAAAUCCGCCUUCGGUGUGGGAUUGCCGCCAAAAGGGAAGAACGGUCACCACUGGGACAUGAUGCGACCCCUUCUCAGAGACAGCGAGGUGCGGCCUACGGUGGAGAUGGUGGAAGCCACUAAGGCCAAGUUUUGCGAACUUCUACGGCUACGGCGCUCUACUGCCUUGAUCGGACUCCACGAUGCAAAGCACAUCAAAGAGAAGGUCAAUUUUCCUGGCUGUGGUCCAUUGCAGAAGCUCGGCCUUAUCGUCAUGCAGAUUUGUAAUGACGCACCGGACAAGCCCAUGCUUUGUUCCAGCUUCGCGCGGGUCGUCAUCGUCUUCUGGGCGGGCUUCGAGACGGCCAAGGUCUCAGUGCCACGUGCAGAUCCACGGCUGAAUGGUGGCAAGCUUCCUUUGAGGCUGCAUCCAUUGCAGCAGGAGUCGCAAGAUUCAAUGACCAGAGAUGCUCACUUGGAUGGUGAACAUUUGGUGAUCCCUCCACAGACCACAGCAGUCUUCGUGGAACCCCUUGCCGAUCCAAAGUGA